AUGAAAUUCCUGUGGAAACCGCCGCCCGAUUCAUCGCACGGUCGCUCAUCGACAUCGGGAAUGAGCGGUUCGAGUCGAUCGGCGGCCCGUCGAGCCAAUGAGGAUGUGCACGUGGGAAAGUACAAAUUGCUUAAAACAAUUGGAAAAGGCAAUUUUGCCAAGGUAAAACUUGCGAAACACAUCAUCACUGGACAAGAAGUGGCCAUCAAAAUAAUUGACAAGGCGGCAUUAAAUCCGAGCAGCCUACAAAAACUAUUUCGAGAAGUGAAAAUCAUGAAGCAGCUCGAUCAUCCCAACAUUGUCAAACUCUAUCAAGUCAUGGAAACUGAGCAAACGCUUUAUUUGGUAUUGGAAUAUGCGUCGGGCGGUGAGGUGUUCGAUUAUUUGGUGGCACACGGGCGAAUGAAAGAGAAAGAAGCGAGGGCGAAAUUCCGACAAAUCGUCUCCGCUGUUCAAUAUUUGCACUCGAAGAAUAUUAUUCAUCGAGACCUGAAAGCUGAAAACCUAUUAUUGGACCAUGAUAUGAAUAUUAAAAUUGCCGACUUCGGAUUCUCCAACACCUUUUCUUUAGGCAACAAAUUGGACACAUUUUGCGGUUCGCCGCCAUAUGCGGCACCGGAAUUGUUUAGCGGAAAAAAGUAUGAUGGUCCCGAAGUUGAUGUGUGGAGUUUGGGUGUCAUAUUGUACACGUUGGUCUCCGGAAGUUUGCCGUUUGACGGACAGAAUUUGAAGGAGCUCCGUGAGCGCGUCUUACGCGGAAAAUACCGUAUACCAUUCUACAUGUCAACCGAUUGCGAAAAUCUACUCAAAAAAUUUUUGGUGUUGAACCCGCAAAGGAGAAGCUCAUUGGAUGUGAUCAUGAAAGAUCGAUGGAUGAAUGUCGGAUAUGAAGAUGAUGAGCUGAAGCCUUAUGUGGAACCGCCGAAAGAUCAAAUUGAUGAAGCUCGAAUUGAGAAGUUGAUUCAGCUCGGAUUCAAUAAGCAAACGAUUUUGGAAAGUGUUGAAAAGGAGAAAUUCGAGGACAUUCACGCCACUUAUUUGUUAUUAGGAGAAAGAAAAUCGGAUAUGGAUGCGAAUGAGAUAACGAUUGCACAAUCAUUGAUAACUCAUUCGUCGAUAAAUGUCUCAUCGAAUAUUGGCAAACAUCCGGCUGGUGUCAUCACAAGGGACCAUAUUGGUAGCUCGGCGAGCCCGAAUUCAUCGCCGUCUCGAUACUCUCGUUCGAGUUCGGCUCAACAGUCGGCGAAUGGAGCUGGACAAGGUGGCGGCGGUCAGUCGAAGCCAUCAUCGACGACGGCGUCGAGGCGAAGUAGUCAGAACGACGCGGUUGUUGGGCAUGGUCCGACGGUGGUGAUGUCGGGCACUCGGCACGGCGGUGUACAGAUGAGAGCUCAGCCGACGAGCCGGCAUCCAGCUAUCAGUCUUCUUCAGCCACCUUCGUAUAAGCCGUCAUCAACCACGCAACAACUGCCCCAAAUUCCGCCGCUAUUCAAUCGCAACUCGACGGCAUCGGGGGCCGCUUCGACGACCGCUGGCGCUGGCGCCUCUGUUCGAAAAUCGGUUGAUCCGAAGGGCCGAAUGCCGCUGAACGCGGUGGCUUCCAGCGCGACACAUCGUACAGCGACGGGCGCGGCGGCCGCCGGCGCUGGUGGAAUUCCGACUGCUGGCAGUCAUCGAGAUCAAUACAUGAAUCAAUUGACAUCAUCGGCGAUGAUGUCGAAAUUGGUGAGCAAAGUGCCGCAAUCGUCGUCGACGCAGCAGAAUGCUCCUCCGCCGUUACAGAAAUCUGGAUCGCAAAUCUCGCAUGCUCCAACAGAGCCAGCGAUUCGCGAAGAUGACGAUGAGACGAGCGAAUCAUCGAAUGUGCCGAUUAUCGGCGGCGCUCCGCCAUCACCAUCGGCGAUCUCCGCCGAUUCCGAUGAGGCUUCGGAAAAGGCGGCAUCGGAAACGCCGAAAGAGAACAACAUGUUGUGGCGCAAUCAAACGCUUCAUCUCGAUGAGAAUCUGAUGCCGACGACGCCGACGACGACGACGGCGAAGCGUGUGCCGGCGCGGCGAAAUCCGCGACGAAUGACCGUCAUCGACGCGACGCCGCUGUCGGCGGUACGCCUUGGCGAUGUGGCGAGUGCUGAUCGCGCCGGCAUUCUUCACCAACCGCAAGGGACCAUUGAUCGGCAAAUGGCGGCGUUGUACGUGGCGACGGCGACGCCGCGGCGAUUCAAUGCCGACGUCGUCGCCUCGCCACCGACGACGGCAACGACGACGUCUUCAUCAGCGGCAGAAUCACCGAGAAGCAACGCGUCGACAUCAUCCUACUUCAAACGGACCAUUUCGCCGUCGAUGAUCCACCAAUCGCCUUCGAUGCCGCCGCAGGCGAUGAUGAAUGCAAUGGAAUCGUUGACGAUGGCCGAAAAUGCGCAGAGCACGCAAGUCGGCGCGGCGGCGAGCGCAGCGCAACCGCAACGCGCCGCUUCACAACAAAUGUCGCGCUCAGCGACGACCAAUAACGCUUCGGGAGCGGCAACGUCAACGAAUUCAUCAGCACCAAUCACCACAACUACGGGACCAUCUAGUCAGCAAUAUUCGACGCAACAUCAUCCGAAUCCGAUAUCGCAUCCGAUUCCGCCACAACUAACCCAUAACGCAUCGUUCACGACGACGCCAAUCGUCGUCGCUUCGUCUGGCGCCGCGCCGUCGGCGUCAUCGGCGGCGUCGUCGACGGCGUUUCCGCGAAACACGCGCAAUCGUCAAACGUUUCACGGAAAAACUGAACGGGACAAGGGCGGCGAUGACGACGACAUCAGCGAUUUGCCGGCGAAUGUUUCGAUUGGCGCGGCGUCGGGCGGCACCGGCAACGAGAGCACACUGUGGAGCAAACUCACGAAAUUGACAAGACGUAGUAGCACGGCUUCAUCGGCGACGUCGGCGGCGGCGGCAGCAUCGGCGGCAGCGUUUCGUCAGCGCAACCAGAACCCCCAGCUUCAUCAUUCGAUGUCGAUGACCCAAAGCCCAUCACAAAUAUCUUCAAAUGGACCGCCGGGUACGGUAGCCGGAACUGCUGGAGCAGGUGGCCAUCAUCGCAGAUAUGGAAGGCAUGAACUUCUUUUCUUCUUCUAUUUGGACCAUAACCGUGAGAGUAUGACUCAGCCGGUUAGUGGACGAGCCGGAACGAUUGGAGCCACAAGAGGCCAACAGACAGCGGCAGCGAUUGCCGCGGCAAUUAGAGAAGGACAAAGCUCUCCAACGACACCGCCCGUCACGAGCUCCGGUCAGGCAGAUGACGUUAAACCAAGAUCGCUGAGAUUCACGUGGAGCAUGAAGACGACGUCGAGUUUGGCUCCAGAUGACAUGAUGAGAGAAAUUCGCAAGGUUUUGGACGCCAACAAUUGCGAUUACGAACAACGUGAACGAUAUAUGAUACUGUGUAUUCAUGGUGAUCCGAACACCGAUUCGUUAGUUCAGUGGGAAAUGGAGGUGUGCAAAUUGCCGCGUCUCAGUCUAAACGGUGUGCGAUUCAAGCGAAUUUCGGGAACAUCGAUCGGAUUCAAGAAUAUUGCGUCGAAAAUUGCCCAAGAGCUCAAUUUAUGA